CCAGCAGCUGCUCGUGGCAUUGGUGUAAAGGUGAUUCAUCGUUGGGGUGAAGUACCGAAGCGUCGACCUGUUGUAGUACAGUCCUACAUCUCUCAGCCAUAUCUUAUCAAUGACAACAAAUUCGACCUCCGCAUUUACGUUUAUGUGACCAGCUUUUAUCCUCUGCGUGCCUAUAUUCACGAGGAGGGUCUAGUCAGAUUUGCUUCUCAGAGAUGUGUGCCCUUUUCUGUAAAGAGCAUUACAUUAUUAGAUUAG